UUGAAUCUACGCUUGUAAAUUAAGAUCUCUUCGGAUUAAACAUUUCUAAACUUAACCAAAAUAGAUAGUGACGGAAAAUUAACAGAUAAUCUGUGUCAUAUACUAUACAUCGAUUUUAAUCAUUUUAAAAAAAAAGAUUAACAUUAUUUUACAUUUCUAACAAAAUGAUUUUACAAAGAAUAACAAAUCUAUGUGUUUUACGUAACAUUAAACAAUUCGAAUCUAUUAUAAAGCCUAGCUGUAUGUUAUCACAAUAUGGACAAUUAUCACAAACAACCAGAUUUUCUUCCUCCCUUGCAAAUUUGAAUCUUAAGAAUUCUAAACUAGUUAAUCAUGAAAAUCAUCAAUUAUUGACGAAGUUACCUGUAUCUCUAACCUUAAAUGGAAAUCAAUCUCGCUUUGCUAGUACAGACGGCAAUCAUGUACGUUUAUGGGUUAUGGAAAAAAUAAUUUCUGCUGCGCUUCCAAUUUUACUACCAGCUUCUUUGUUAUUGGAAAAUCAAGUUGUCGAUGGAAUACUAGCUAUUCUUGUAGUAAUGCAUAUGCAUUGGGGUUUGGAAGCUUUGAUUGUCGAUUAUGCAAGACCUAUUAUUAUUGGAACAUUACUUCCAAAGGUAUUUCAUGUAUUAUUGAAUCUUUGUUCGAUUGUAACACUCGCUGGACUUCUUGUACUAAUUUAUAAUGGACCUGGUAUUGGAAAAUCUAUCAAAGAUGCAUGGAGUAUCGGUAAAAACAAAGAAACUUAAAUAUUUAGAAUGGAACAGUCCAUAAAUGAAAUAAUUUAUUGCAAAAAGUUAGGUAUGCCGUAGUUACCCUCUUUCUAAAUUGUACAGAAAUAAAGUAUUUAUUGCCUUACA